AUGCGUUUUGUGACAAAUUCGCUGCAUCAUCAAAAGCAAGUCUGGGGACAGAAUCCAUUACCCAGCAGACCACCUCAGGGUGACACACGCCGAUGGAAUCCUGCUCGCCUCCAAGAGCACACAUCUAAGCAGCAGAACUACCAGGGCUCAACCCCUCCCCAUCUCCCACGAAGGCGGAGGCCCCCACGCCUCCGGUCAUGGCGGCAGCAAGCCAUUCCAUCAUUCACGGCGGCAAGAGUCAGCACUCCAAAGCCCGCAGCAGCGGAGAAUCGCACUCCCCCUACUGACCCAGCGGAGAUUCACUUUCACACUCUAUCCACCGCAGCAGCGGGGAAACAUAAGGCACCUGUGGACACUAGAAAUCCGGACUCACAGUGUAAACUCUCGAGCUCAUAA